UGACUGCGGCGCCCUAUUUCCUUUCCUCACUGGAAAUGGACAAGUGCGCGAGCUGUGAGAUAAAUCAAGUGUUCAAAUUUCACUAACUUUAGUCACAAACACCGUUUAACUUUAACCAAAGGCGGGAAAUACACCAGCGUUUAACUAACUAGGUCAAGGUGGUGUUUUUGGCCCGCCUGUGUGUGUUUAAGCCGUUUGUUUGAGGCGUAAACAGUGUAAAAGAGGAGUUGUGGGUGGGUUUGACGGUUAUGGCAGCAUCGCGACCCAUUAAAGGCAUUCUGAAGAACAAAACCAACACCAAAGCCCCACCCGAAGAACCAGUCCAGGACACUUCAGAACAAGGAGCCCAUACAAACCCUGAAGACGACCUACAGAAGAAGUCACAGAAAUGGGAUGAAAUGAAUAUUCUGGCUACAUAUCAUCCAGCAGAUAAGGACUAUGGGUUAAUGAAGAUUGAUGAACCCAGCACACCGUACCACAGGAUGGUUGGCGAGGACGAGGACGAGGGGGCGCUCAGCGACUCAGAUGGGAAUACAGUACUACCCGGAGAUGACCUCGCUAAGAAGCUGGCAGCAGCGGUGGAGGGCGCUGAAUCUCGCUUCAUGAGAGAACCAGAAGAGGAGAGCAGUGAGGAAGAGGAAGAGGAGGAGUUGAGUCCAGAGGACCAAGCCAGAAAGAAGCAGUUUCAAAUGAUGAGGAAGAUGCAUUAUAAUGAAGGUCUAAACAUCAAACUCGCUCGACAACUGAUCGCCAAUGAAUUAGAGGAGGAGGAGGAGGAGGAUGAGGAUGAAGAGAUGAAGGAUGACACAGAGAUGGAGGACAUCACCAUUGACCCCCCACAAGAUGAAGAAAGUUGAGAGAUUGAAGUUGAAACAUGAGUUUGAGACAACAUGAGGCUGAUUCCUUGGAUUCGUAAGGAUGUGAACAGUUGUCCCUCAACUCCUGCCUUGUGACAUGAACCCCUUAAAGGCACAGUGAUGUCACUGGUGAAGCUCCACCCUGUGUACUCCAACACUGCAAUGCCACACAUAUCAUCUGGCCCCUUUAUUUGCCAAACCUUUAUUGUCAUCAUGCUAAGAAACAAGACUGUUAUCAGACAGUUACAGGCUGGACUCCACCCUCUUCAUGUGCCCAGAGAGCUGCCUAACUGCCACUCAACUGAAACGUACGCUCAUGCCCAGCGCUGCUGUUUUCAUACACCUGAUCUCUUGGUUUGACCAUUGACUUCCACAAUGAACCAUAUUGUUUCUUUUAUUUCCAAACACAAAAUGUUAUUAAUCAAUUUAUUUAAAUGAAAUUGAAGAGAUAGCAUGAUCUAAACAAACGAGAGUUUUAGCACAUACUGGCUUUACAUUGAUGCCGAAAUUUGAGGUUAAAAUCAAGGGGACUGAUGUGGCCUUGGGCUUUUGAUUCUGGCACGCACAUAAAGCCUGUGUUAAACUGCUCAGAUGAGCUCUACUGUAUGCAUGUCUUCAGAAAACCAUGUUUUAUUACAUUGGCACUAAUUGUAUCUCUGUCCUACGUAUGAAUUAACGGGUGAAUAUUACUUAACUAACUGUAAAACUACUGAUGAGUAGACUGAAUCCUUUGGUCAUCUCGCUUGCUUUUCCAAAACUACGACAACAGCUUAAAUAGAUGCUAAACAGAUUUUUUUAUUUUUUUAUUUGACUGCCUUUUUUUAACACCAUUUUGAUGGGGUUAUUUUUUUUCUGUGACAAUUAAAUACGGUAAUUGUCCAUCUCACAGUACCAAAUUAAAAAUUAAUUAAUUUUUUCAUAACAGUUCCACUGCUAAAAUGAAAUGGCACCAUUUGUUUUAUUUUUUUUUUCUGAUGUAUUUUAUCACUUUAUAGUUAUGAAUUUGUGCACAUCUCACCAAAUAAGAAAUUAUAUUUUGCAUAGAGAAAAUGUAGCUCAAGUUUGUUUUUCUUUUUCUCACUGUGACAAUUUUCAGACAAUUAAGCACAUUUUCCUCUUUAAUUUUAAUUACUCUAAUGCAAAUAAAUCUAUAUUUAAAUUGACAAGUAUUUUGGUAGUUUUUUUUUUCUUGCAUUGCCUUUUUAAUAUAUGGAUUUAAUAAAAACAAAAUGUAUAACAGCAAUUUUACUAUGAUAUGCUUUAUUACAGAGAGUUACACAAAAGAAAUCUAGACUAAGGCAUUAUGCUAAAGAAUUUGUCAUGAAAAUAAUGUCACAAUAUAAAGAUUCUUAAUGGUCCUAUAAAUAGGUUUCAUUUUCUUUUAUGUAAAAUGUCUUAAAUCAUUUGAUUUUGGGGUGAAAUAGGGACAGAUUUUCGUGAGAUUCACUCAAAAUAACAUUACUUUUUGAAAAAGUUACAUUGCCUUUAAUUUAUUAUGGUUGUAAUAAAAAAAUAGAAAAAAAAUUGUAUGACAGCAAUUUUUACUAUAAUACAAAAAAUACUGUAUUACAGUUAUGAAAAUUACAAAAAAUAAAAACAAUGUCCAUAGGCAUUACGUAAAUGAGAAUUUUGGGGGAAAUUAUACAGUUUGUGCUUAAUUGUCAUGAAAAUGUCAAAAAAAUAAUUUCUUCAUUUGAUUGCUUUUUUUUUUUAACAGUUUCAGUUUGAAUAUAUUUUUAGACCCUUUUCUGGCUGGUGAGUUUUUCCUCAACAUAAAAUGGCACAAUCAAUUAUUUAACAUCUUAAAAUUGUGUUUUUGUCAGUGUCUUUUCGUUCCUAUCGGUUUGAGAGUGCAGAAACACUGAAGCACUUAUUUCUUAAAGGGUUGUAUAUUGUUAAUAAAUAUCUGAUGGUAUAUUUUACAUGGAUGAAAUGGAGAUGAAAUGCAAUGUAAAUUCAGUGUUGUGAUGGCAGGAAAAAGUAAAAGUCCUGUAACAUAAAUGCUAAAGUGCUUUGGUUAUAUGAUUAUGUUGACUUAACUAAUUUUUUCUUCAUGUCUAUUUGGGUAAUUUGGCAAUUUCUUUGUCCAUUUUUACAACCCUAAGAUUUGUGUCCCCACCCCCACCCCUGCAUGUUCUUCAGUUGAAAAUGUGCAGAUUUGUCAGCCAUUAAAAUGUUGAUAUGAACUUGCUCUUUCAGGAAUAUCUUUAAAAACUUACAUUCAUUUCAGAUUCACCAUUUUAACCAGUUUGCCCAAAAUACUACAGUUAGCGUUCCUACAUUAAAUGUAUUGACACUGUAACAAAAUGAAACCUUUUGAAAGCCUCUUACAUGGUCCCACACUAAUUGUGAUUUUACAAUACAAUAAAUACUACAAGAACUGAAGUUAACUAUCCUGUAACUAUAAGCAUAUUACCCAUGAUAAUCAAUGAUGCUGUCUAGCUACUCCAGACUCUAUAAUAACCCGUCCAUCUAAAAUAAAAUAUAUUUACUCAACAAAUAUAAUAUGUGAAUUU